AUGGCAACCGACACCACACCGACGCAUUCCCUUCAUUCAAUUCCUUUCGCUACUUCGUCGCGGUCUCGACGAGAAAACCUGUCUACGAGCGCUUUACUGCUCAAUAUGAUUCGAACACUUACAAGCAAUUCCUCGGCAGAUCAAAAGGAAUUGGAUCGUAGGCGUUUAGAAGUUGGAUUUGCUGAAACUUCAAAAGAAAUAGAUCAACUGGUUCUUGAACAUGAAAACGAUGUUGGGACUUGCUUGGAGUCAUUUAGGAAUGUUUCCACUCGAAUUACGGCCUGCCGUGAAAAAGUACACAGUAUACGUAGUAGUUUGCUCACAUGUCGCUCUCUACUGCAGUGCAGACGGGAUGACUUAAAAAGACUUUGGAUGGAAAAUGCUCAACAAAAACACGUCAGCACAAUUCUGGCUCAAAUAGAAGGACUAAAUCGUUUGGGAAGUGAAGUUGAGGCAGCUAUGGCUACUUCAAAUUAUCAUUUAGCUGCGAAUUCUUUGAACGAAGCAGAUUUGUUGUUCAAUGGUCCAUUUUCAAAUAUCGAUGGAUUGAAUCAGUUACGUUCACAGUUGCUUGAUUUGUCCAAAAAACUCGUGGAACGGAUUGUUAAUGACAUCACAAAUCAUUUAAUCGUUUGGCCGUUCGAAAAUCAUCUUGUUGAAAUAAUCAAAUCGCUGCCGGAAAAUAAAGUUACGGAAUCAGUAGAAUGCGCUGAAAUUAUGUCUCAAUUUAAUGUAAAGGAAAAUGUUGCUGCGAAUGGCACACAUUCCGUAGCUGCCCGUUGUGCCGAGAAUAUUCAUGCCUUAUGCGUGUUCGGCAGAUUGUCAACAACACUUCGACAGUUUUUACAAGGUUCUCCGACAGUAUUUAACCGUCUGAUACAUGCAUCGGCGAAUGUAGUCUGCGUUGCGUUUGAUGGAAAUCAAAAAGAAGAUGAACAAAAUUUGGCUCAAUUUAUGCAGUUGGUGUUAAGUCAAUUUCGUAGUAGCUAUGAGACACAUCUUGUAAUGGAUGCUGAACUGAAAAAAUUGCGACAAAACGAUUUGGGUGAUGACGAAAAAGUGAUAUCCUUAUCCGAAAAUUUUUGGGAAACAGCGCAAGCUAUAAUCGAAGAUUUGGUGAAUGAAUAUAUCGCGGAAGAUGGCAGUACUUCCAGUUUAGUUAUGCAAAAAUCAAAUACAUCUGCUGCAGAAAAAGUUACCUUGUUCAGAUUUGAUGCUUCAGCUUGCGCACUUACUACUAAGUCAGGACAAACUAUUAAGCAGCUUCACUCUUUGAUAUGCCCUUCGUCACCCUGGAAUAUUACUGCUCUAUAUCCACAGCUUGAACGUUUCUGCAAUGAGCGUGAAGCCCAUGCGAACGUAAAACCCUGUCGUUUACGUUCUUACUUACACUCAUUCAUUGUUAAUGUUUUCAUCGAUCAAUUCAAAUGUAAGCUUGGAGCUCUUGCCGAGCAAGCACUCAAUGAACAGGAUGCCUGGCGUGUUCUCAUGCAUUACCCUAAUCCGAAAGUUUUGGGAAGUUGUUGGAAUGUUUAUGCAAUUUGUAACCAAAUCGGAAAAUUGAUUCUUGCCAUGGAUAAAUACACAGAAAGGUUGUCAGCAUUGUGGUUACUUGUUAUUGAUGAAUUUUCGGAUAGCGCUAAUAAUGUUUAUGAAAAAGUCUUGUCUUUUUGGAAGCCCACUUCAGAAGGAAAGGAUUCUGCGGUUAUCAAUAUGGGUCAGGAAGAUGGACACAGAGAAAAGCGUAAAAUAAGCGCAGCAUGGGCAGUGGACGAAGACAUAUCACGUCUCUUGAAAAGUCUACCAAACUGGUUCAUGGUGAGCAAUUAUGAAAGUACUUCAACGCAGUCAGUGAACACGUCUUCUGCAGUUUCACCCACAGGCGAAUCGGAAAGUGAUGUGUGUUACCGAAAUGAAAGAGAAUCGGAAAUUCUCAUAGGUAAUCUGGGAACAGCAAAACAGCUUGUUCGUGAUGAGCUGAUAACCGAUGUUGAAGUAAUUCGUUCGCUAGCAUGUAUACAUGAAUCACUGAAAUGGUUUUGUAGCAGCAUGCGUUCUCUCAUCGAAAAGCUCCCAGAAUCAUCCCGUAAUGCAAUGCGUAAAUGCGCUGUACAGUUACAAAAAACAGAUGAAAGUGGCGUUGUUCAGUGGGAAGAGCAUAUUGCCGCUGCAUUAGAUUCCAGAUUAUCCAAUUUGGAUGCAAAAGCUGACACAUGUUUAUUAAUAAUUCACCUUGAGCUUCGUGUACAUUGCUUUUUCCAUUUGUUACCAUUAGCUCGGGCAAGGCCGUCGUUGCCUCAAGAUGAACUCGAUAACGAGGUAAUUGAUUUUGGGCGCGAUAUGGCUCAUUUUCAUCAGGUGCUUAGCACGAAUCUUCCACUGCAUAAAAUGAAAUAUCUCUUUGAUGGUUUAGGACAUCUUUCAGCUUCUAUCUUCAUUCAUUCGAGCCAACACAUACAAAAAUUGAAUGAGAAUGGAAAAAAACGCGUCUGUCGAAAUAUUUUUGCGGUGCAGCAGAGAUUAAGUCAGCUGACAGGACAUCGUGAAAGUGAGCUAGAAAGAGCGAGAAUUUUUUUCGAAUUACUCAAUCACGAUCCUGAUCAGUUAUUGGCUUUAAUUCUUGAGCGAGGAGCAAUAUUUUCACAUCUGGAAUACACCUAUCUUCUUGCACUUGCUGUAAGAUCACAUCCAGUACUAAGCGCACAACCUGGUGCUUUGGAACAAAGGAUCUCCCAACUGAAAAUGAUCUUAGCACAAUUAAAGAAGUGA